GUUCCAACUGCGGGAAGAGCUUCAAGACGCCGAAGGCCCUGAAGAUGCACUGGCGGGUGCACACGGGCGAGAAGGCCUAUGGCUCCUCCACCUGCGACAAGAACUUUGCUCGGUUGUCGGGGCUGCAGGUGCGCCGGCGGGUGCACAGCAGUGAGCAGCCCUUCUCCUGCUCUGACUGCGGCAAAGGCUUCAAGUCGCCGCUGGACCUGAAGGUGCACAGGCGCGUGCACACCGGGGAGCGGUCCUACACCUGCAACGACUGUGGCAAGGGCUUCACCCAGUCCAGCAACCUGCAGGUGCACCAGCGCAUGCACACAGGCGAGCGCCCCUACACCUGUGUCCAGUGCGGCAAGGGCUUCACCCUCUUCACCGGGCUGCUGACCCACCAGCGCACCCAUACCGGAGAGCGGCCCUACACCUGCAGCGACUGCGGCAAGGGCUUCACCCGCCCCGACAGCCUGCUGGAUCACCAAUGGACCCACACCGGCGAGCGCCCCUACACCUGCGCCCAGUGCGGCAAGGGCUUCACCCGCUCCACCUAUCUGCUGAAGCACCAGCGCACCCACACUGGCGAGCGCUCCUACACCUGUGCUCAGUGCGGCAAGGGCUUCACCUGCUGCAACAGCCUGCUGUCCCACCAGCGCACCCACACCAGCGAGCGCCCCUACACCUGCGCCCAGUGCGGUAAGGGCUUCACCAGCUCCACGAAGCUGCUGUCCCACCAGCGGCGCGUGCACACAAGUGGCCAGUCCUAUGACUGCCCGUACUGCGGUGAGUCAUUUGACAGUUCGCGGGCAUUGCGGCAGCACCGGCGGGCUCACGCCAGCGUGCGCCUGCUCCCACUGCGGCGAACGUUUCAAGCGGAUACACACCAGAGAGAGACCCCUUGUCUGCGAGUUGCGUGGCCCAGGCGCCCGCCCCAGGGCUCUGCACUGAAGCCGUUAAACACAUCAUCAAGUCGUGCUGCCCGCUCCGCUGGGCUCCUUCAAGUACUACAACAUGACGGCGGCGGUCGUUAUCGCUGUGCGGUGGCGUACAAGCGCAGUGUAAAAGUGGCCAUGGCGGCCGUCACAGGGGCCGACCUUCGCUCCGUCUCCACCGCCCGAUCGUCUGUCACGCUGGUGGGUGCACUUACCCUCACGGAAGCCACGAUCGGCCGGACUCGCUCUGGUCAACGUCCUUAG